AUGAGUCGCAAGGAGGAAUCACAGUAUGGAACCUGGUGCGUGUACGAACAAGGGAUAGGGCAGAGAGAAGGUAGUGGUGAUGUGGCGGCACCGGGGGAAGCACGGUGGUGUGGCGGUGGUACUGGGCUACACGGCGGUGGGGUUCCGGUCGUGGUGGGGACUAGCCGCGGAGGGGGCAGCGGUGGUGGAGGGAAGAAGAAAAGAGAGAGAGAAGAAAGAGAGGGAAGGAAGAAGGGGGUGGCGUCGUGGUUAGGGCUGGGUGGGCGAGGGUGGUGCGGCGGUGGUCGCGAUGGUCUGGGCGGUUUGGUCGGAGCUAGGUGGUUGGGUGAGAGAGAGUGUGGCAGAGGAGUGGAGGGUUUUCGGGUUUGGGGACGCGACGGGUAG